AAAACCAUAUGUUGGUUCCCACCAAAUAACACAGCCACGAAGCUACACAAAUUAGCUUUUUUGGUAUUAAUUUAAGGUUGGGGUUAAGCAUAAGGUGAGCAGUGUGGUUAAGUUUGGUUUAAAAUCAAUUGUAGAAAUGGGCGGGGUUUAGCCAUAAUUAUGAUUUUUGUGGCAGUGUUAACCUUGUAUGUUUGUGUGGCUAUAUUAAGUUUUAAUGUGAUGUGAUUUCCAUGGCAAAGUAAUCUGAAUACAUUCCAGGGCCAACCACACAUACACACACAGGGCAGGGCACGUCAUCGUUGAUAAAUGAUUCUGAAAACCCAUUUGUUAUUGUUGCAGCAUCCUCUAUGCUGAUUUACUUUUGCCCGUGGCUACUUGCGCUUGUGAACAUCGCUUCGGAGGCUGCUAGCCCAUCUGCAGUAGCAGCUACAUGUAUGUAGAGGAGCGAUGAUGAUGCAGGACCUAUGAAAUGACUAGGCUACUGUCUUUAAAUCAAGAAUGGUGUUAACCUUUUGAUUACCAAAUAGAUAGGAUGCUGGAUCUUAUUCUGUUUGAUAUCAGUGCAUUGCUUGAUAAUCUGUUUGUGUAGGCUACAUCAGGAGCGUCUGUAGAAUAUACAAUCUCUAUAGCCUAUAUUUGACAGGCAGGUGCUUGCUGCGAUGGUUCGGAUGAUGGAGUCUCAGUGCGAGUAUUUCAUGUAUUUCCCCGCGGUGCCAAUAUCCGACCUGUCGGACCCGGCCCGUUACAGAACCCUACCCCGGCGCAGUCACCUCUACCUCGGCGAGACGGUCCGCUUCCUCCUGGUGCUCCGGUGCAGGGACGAGUCCAGCGGAGAGACACCGACAGGGCCGGGGAUUGGGAUAGUGGGAGGCGGGGGAGGUGUUGCUGGGUUCGGCUCGGAGACCCCAAGUGUCCGGGCAUGGAGGGAGCUGGCCGGUUCUUUGUGCGCCGUGGCCAGCGUCAGCCCGGGAGAGAGCAGGCACCGGUCGCAUCAUCUGCACCACGAUUACCAGAGCAGCGGGGACGAGGGCACGGAGGAGGCCGAGGAUGAGUACGGGGCUCCGGCUUUGACAGGCAGGGUGGAUGCGAGAUGCCGGGGCUUCAGGGACUGCAGGCCGCUUCUCAUCCACAACAGCACGGGGAGUGGGGUUCGGGAGUUCCGCAGGGCGCCGUUGCAGUCUCCAUUGGACGAGCCUGUUGUGUUGACUGAUGAGGUCAUCUUCCCCCUGACCGUGUCAUUAGACAAACUUCCCGUCAACACCCUCAAAGUCAAGGUGAUGGUGACAGUGUGGAAGAGAGAGGCAGAGAAAGCGGAGGUUCAGGAACAUGGCUACCUUAGCAUCCUACAGCAGCGAGUCCCCACACAUACCUUCAGACAAGACCUUAACACCUUCAAAGCACAGGUGAGCACCACUCUGACAGUGCUACCACCCCCUACUGUUUGCUGUAAGCAGAUGACUGUCUCUGGGAAGCAUCUCACUGUGCUCAAAGUAUUAAAUGAGUGUUCUCAGGAGGAGGUGACUGUGAGGGACGUCAGGAUUCUGCCAAACUUCAAUGCCUCCUACCUGCCCAUGAUGCCAGAUGGAUCUGUGAUGCUUGUCGACAACGUGUGCCACCAGUCAGGAGAGGUUGCCAUGGAGUCGUUCUGCAGGAUGGAGAGUGUAGCCUGUCGACUACCCAGCAUGCUCAGCGCCCUGGAGGAAUACGACUUCCUGUUCCAGCUGCAGCUCAGCGACAUGCCCCAGGACGACUCCAAAGAGGGUCUUGAAGUUCCUCUAGUAGCAGUGCUUCAGUGGUCAACUCCCAAGAUGCCCUUCACCAACUGCAUCUACACACACUACAGACUGCCCAGUAUCCGGUUGGACCGUCCGAGGUUCGUGAUGACCGCCAGUAGCCCCAGCACCGUGCAGACCAAGGACCACUUUAGGGUCAGAUACACUCUGCUCAACAACCUGCAAGACUUCCUGGCUGUACGUCUGGUCUGGACACCCGAGGGUCGUGGGCAGAGUGAGGAUGCAGCGUUGGGGGCUGUAGUGUGUCACUCCCCCCUCAGUAACCUGGGCCACUGUCGGAAAGGCUGCACUCUCUCCUUCACUGUCGCAUUCCAGAUACUCAAGGCAGGACUCUACGAGCUGAGUCAACAUAUGAAGCUGAAGCUGCAGUUCACAGCAUCUGUCUCCAACCCUCCCCCUGACGCCCGCCCCCUCUCCCGUAAGAACAGUCCAUCCAGCCCUGCAGUCAGAGACCUACUGGAUAGACACCAGGCCAGUCUGGGACGAUCACAGAGCUUCUCUCAUCAACAACCGUCACGCUCUCACAUCAUGAGGACGGGCAGUGCGAUGGAAAGGCGAGCCAUCACCCCCCCGGUGGGCUCUCCUGUAGGUCGACCUCUCUACCUGCCCCCCCAGGAGAAAGCUGUGCUGUCAUUGGACAAGAUCGCCAAGAGGGAGUGCAAAGUCCUGGUGCUGGACCCAAUCAGCUAGGAGAGGGAGGGAGAUGAGAGGUGAAGAGGGAAGGGAAGAUACAAGAUGUGGGAUGGGGGGGAGGGUGGAGAGAGAAUAAGAUGAAUGGAGGGAGAAGAAUGUUGACAAUGGUAGAUAAGCGAAAGAUGCAGAUAGAGAACAAUGAGUGUGAAGAUGAGGGCCUAAGAUCUAAACUGAGGAUGAGGCAGAAGCCACAGUAUUAUCGAAAUGUAACUGGUUUGAUCUGUAACACUCAUGCUGCUACUGAUGUGUGAACCAUAGAAGUAGUUUAUUCUAUUUCUAUGGUCAGAACAACAAACCUGUUGGGGUGUGAAGGGAACCCAUGUGAAACCAUGUGGCCUGCUGUGAGGUCACAGUGGUCGUUUUGAUGACAUUAGAACAGACUCCUCUUUGGGUCGAAUGAAAAACAAGAUGAGAACAUUUGUCAUUUAGCAUUUCUUUAUGGUUAGUUCUAUCUGGGGUCCUUGGGACGUUCCUACCCUAACCAUAACCCCUACCCUUACCGUAAACAUAACCCUUACCUAACUCUAAUCUUAACUCUCGCCUUAACUGUUAUAAAUUUAAACGUCAAUGGGGUUGACGUCAGAAUUGUGAUGUCCCAAGGAUCCCGUUUAGACUUUUCCCUUGAUUAAUUCCUUAUUUAAAACUAUCCCUUUUAAGGAGAAAUACUACUGUACAGUUAUCUCAAAUACUGUAUGUUAUACUUUGCUAAAUGCUGCCAGUUAUGCAAGAUAUACAGAACAUUAUUGCACUGUACAAACUUCACUGUCCAUGAUGCCUUUUACAGUGUUCAGCGCUAUUUAUUUAUUAUUCUGAUCGCUUACUAUUUUCUCCCACUCUCUUGGCUCAGUGUCAGUAUAGUAAUAUCAGCAAUGUCAUACUUUUUAAGCUGCUGCUUGUGAAAGCAUGUUUUGAUUGUUUUUAAAGACUUUUGUUAAUAUUGACAGUUUAAAAUGCUCAGGCACUUUAAUUGAAGUCGCUUUACAGUGAAUCAAUGCUGCUCCCUGUUGUUGAAACUCUGUGGGAUGCAUCUCAAUAGUCUUAGGGGGUGUGCGCCCAUCUCCUUUCCGCCAUCUAACUACACUGACAUUAAGAAACUGGAAAGGUGGAAGCCAAGUUCUAGUCCGCCUCUCGCUCAGCAAAGAUGGAGAAGUAAAGGACAGGAUAAGAGAGGAGGCCACUAUAGACUAUUGAGAUGCAGCCGGUAUUAUUUUCUGCUGCUGUUGUUGAUUUCUGGUUUACAUUAGGAGAGGAGAGUGAACUACCUGAUCGCUGUGUAUCGCUGCAUCUCAUCAAGAUCAUUAAACCCCAUCAGCAGCA